AUGUCUUUGUUGCAGGUGUCAACAAGAAAAUCAAAGAGCUUUAUGAAAAGUACUGUGACACUGUGGAAGAUCCUCCAAAGGUGCGGUUGGUUUCAGAUGGUUGGAAUGACAAAGUGCAACCAGCAACCAGCACAGUCACAUUCUACAGCGCAGGCAGCCUUUUCUAAUGUGUCAUGUGCUGAAUACUGGGAAAAUAACAAAUCCAAGGCUAAGAGGUGUUCUAGUGCUGCUCUAGGUGGGCACUUAGAGAUACUCAAAUAUGCCAGAGUGAAUGACUGUCCUUGGAAAGAUUUAACAUGUGCUAGUGCUGCUGGAAAAGGGCACUUGGAAAUAUUGAAAUGGGCCAGAGAAAAUGCAUGCCCUUGGAAUGAAUCAACCUGUGCUAGUUCUGCUGGAAAAGGGCACAUGGAAAUAUUGGAAUGGGCCAGAGAGAAUGGGUGCCCCUGGAAUGCUGAUGUGUGCACAAGGGCUGCUCAGAAUGGGAAUCUGGAGAUGUUAAAAUGGGCCAGAGAACAUGGAUGUCCGUGGAAUGAAGAAACAAGCACUCAAGCUAACAAUCGUGCGCUCUGGACUGGAAAUAAAGAUGUUCUGCGGUGGGUUUGUGACAAUGGAUGCCCAGGAUCCCAGUGGUGGUAA